GCCCGGCGCUCGCACUCCGGCCCCGCCGCCCCGCCGCGCUCACCCUCUGUGCCCUCUCCGCGCCCGCCCCGGGCCCAGCCGCCGCCGCAGCCAUGGACGCCAUCAAGAAGAAGAUGCAGAUGCUGAAGCUCGACAAGGAGAACGCCUUGGACCGAGCCGAGCAGGCCGAGGCCGACAAAAAGGCGGCCGAGGACCGAAGCAAACAGCUGGAAGAUGACAUCGUGGCCAAGGAGAAGCUGCUGCGGGCGUCGGAAGAUGAGCGGGACCGGGUGCUGGAGGAGCUGCACCGGGCCGAGGACAGCCUCCUGGCCGCCGAUGAGACCGCCGCCAAGCUGGAAGACGAGCUGGUGUCGCUGCAAAAGAAACUCAAGGGCACUGAAGAUGAGCUGGACAAAUACUCUGAGGCUCUCAAAGAUGCCCAGGAGAAGCUGGAGCUGGCGGAGAAAAAGGCGACCGACGCGGAAGCUGAUGUGGCCUCCUUGAACAGACGUAUCCAGCUGGUUGAGGAAGAGCUGGAUCGUGCCCAGGAGCGCCUGGCCACAGCCCUGCAGAAGCUAGAGGAGGCUGAGAAGGCCGCAGACGAGAGCGAGAGAGGCAUGAAAGUCAUUGAAAGCCGAGCCCAAAAAGAUGAGGAGAAAAUGGAAAUUCAGGAGAUCCAGCUGAAAGAGGCCAAGCACAUUGCUGAGGAUGCUGACCGCAAGUAUGAAGAGGUGGCCCGGAAGCUGGUCAUUAUUGAGAGUGACCUGGAGCGCGCGGAGGAGCGGGCCGAGCUCUCAGAAGGCAAAUGUGCCGAGCUUGAAGAAGAAUUGAAAACUGUGACCAACAACCUAAAGUCCCUGGAGGCUCAAGCCGAGAAGUACUCACAGAAGGAAGACAAAUACGAGGAAGAGAUCAAGGCCCUUUCCGACAAGCUGAAGGAGGCUGAGACCCGGGCUGAGUUCGCAGAGCGGUCAGUAACUAAGUUGGAGAAAAGCAUUGAUGACUUAGAAGAGAAAGUGGCCCAUGCCAAGGAAGAAAACCUUAGCAUGCAUCAGAUGCUGGAUCAGACUUUACUGGAGUUAAACAACAUGUGAACACCUCCUUAGCUGCGGCCACAUGCUUUCAUGUCGUGUUUGAUUUUGUUUUCUUUCAUUGUUGUUUGUUUGAUUAUGAGACACCUACUUCAUGAACCCCCUUCAGUGCAUUUUUAUUUACUUUAAACCACUGUCACAGAGCCUCCCCAAGGGGCAAGGGAAACACCUCUCACACGGGCAGGCCCAGGACGAUUCCAUUGUGCCAUUUCCCGGGCGGACAAUGCCGUUGCCGUCACCCCUAGCGAGUUGUAGCGAUGCAGAGUGCUCAGUGUGAACCCCUCCCUGGCACAGGAAAUGUCCCACGCAAAGUGCCAACAGCAUGGCCAGCCAGAAGGUGAAUAUUGGAAAGACAAUCAGGUGUGGAUUGGUGCUACUUCAACCAAAGGUCCCCCUGGGGUCUUUUUGUUCAAUAGUGUCCAAUUUAGAAUUCUGUCCAACACUAAUUUAUUUUGUCUUUGAGUUCUAUGCAAGACGAGUCUGUGGAUCCUGUAUGCCCGAGUCCAGUAAAGCAAAGGGUUUGCACACCACACUGCUCUUCCUAGACAUCCAUUCCUCACCACUGGCACACUUGUUCCUCACGACUCGUAGGGUAGCAUUGGAAGUAGAUCUCCACCCUUCGUUUCUCCAUGUUUAAAGUCCAAGGCACUACAUGUAAUUGGUAAAGAAACAUUUUCUUAAGAGUUAUGACGAUAUCUGAACAUUGUAUAAUGAUAUGAAAUAAAAUGCACAUUGCAGAACA